CAGCUCAAAUCUCUUCCUCCUGUUACUGAACUCACACUGAGACUGAACUGCUGCUGUGAGACGUACAGAUAUCAGCCAAACCUACACAGAGAAAUGAACCCAGAACACACAGAGUCCGAUGAACCACCCGCUGUACAAGAGCUGAGGAUGGUGUUGAUUGGAAGAAGUGAAGCUGGAAAGAGUUCAAUAGGCAAUGUAAUACUGGGUCGAGAGGCAUUUAAAGAGAGCAGAACCAGAGAGAGUGAGAAACAGACAGGAAGAGUAGAAGACAGAGACAUCUCCAUCAUCGACACACCAGGAUUCUUCAACACUCAACUGACCGAUGAAGAGAUGAAGAGUCAGAUGAUGACGAGUCUGUAUCUCUCUGAUCCUGGUCCUCAUGUGUUCCUGCUCGUCAUCAGACUCGACAGAUUCAUCGAAGAUGUGGUGAAGAUCGUAAAACAGAUUUAUGAGCACUUUGGAAAGGACGCGUUCAGGUUCACCAUGGUGCUGUUCACGGGAAGAGAGGCGCUGUCUAAACGAGAAUGGAUCGAGUUCAGGCUGAGCAGAAAAACUAGAGAACUGCUGAGCUUCUGUGAAGAGAAAUGUCAUGUCAUCAUUCAUAAAAACAAGAGAGAUAGGAAGCAGAUCGCAAGCCUUUUGGAGAACAUUGAUGAAGUGGUGAGGAAGAACGGACGAGAACAUUAUGUUAAAGAGAUCUUCACGAAGAACAGCCAAGAUGAGAUGAGGACGAAACAAAAAGAUAGAAAAGAGAAGAUCAAUCUAGAUGCGGGAAUAACAAGCCAAGAGAAAGAGAAGAACAGAGAAGACGACAAAGGAGCAGAUAAACAGACCAGAGAUGAAGAAACAUUAAACAGUGUUCAGAAAGACCAAAGAGCAACAAAUGAGAGAGAGAAAGAUUCUCCAGAAGUUAAUCAAAGCAACCCAAAACAUGAAACAUGUUUGAUUGGGCAGGAGACGAAAACAACACCAGAACAUAAUUCCAUAAGAGUAUCUGAUCUGAGGAUUGUUUUUCUGGGCAAAAGUGGAUCAGGAAAAAGCUCGGCAGCAAACACCAUCCUGGGCAGAGAGGCGUUCAAAAUCAAUACGAGUCUGCCAUCAAGCAGUCAAACCUGUGAGAAACAAGAAGCAGGUGUUUGUGGAAGAAACAUCUCUGUGAUUGAUACACCCGGACUGUUUGAUCCAUCGAUGACGAGAGACCAAGUGCAGGCUGAAAUACAAAAGUGUGUAGAGAUGACAGAUCCUGGUCCUCAUGUUUUUCUGCUGGUCAUCAGACUGGAUGAUGGAUUCACUGAUGAAGAGAAAAACACAGUGAAAUGGAUUCAGGAGAACAUUGGAGAAGAUGCUAUCCAACACACCAUCAUUUUGUUCACUCACGCUGACCAUCUGAAGGGAAUAUCAUUAGAUGAGUUUAUCAGAGACACUCCAGAUCUACAGGAGUUUACUGAGGGAUUUGGUGGCAGAUUUCACUCAUUCAACAAUAAGAACAUGGAGAACCGCUCUCAAAUCACUGAACUGCUGGAGAAGAUUGAGAAGAUGCUGGAGAGAAAUAGAGGGAAGCACUACACCAAUGAGACAUUUGUGAAACAGGAAGAUAUUGACAGCGAGAAAAAGGAAAAAGUCAGAGAAAACAAAUCAAACUGGUGGAAAGCAGUGUUUAUUUUCUUCAUAGGAGCACUAGCAGCUGCAGCAGUAGUUAAAAGUGGAUUUGGAGGAUGAAGAACAUCUGGAACAACAAAUCCUUUUUUAGCUGUCUUCAAUAUUACAGAUUCUUACAAUAAUAGUGGAUUUCUAUAAUAUAUUAUGUAUUUUUUCCUAAUUAUUUAUUAGGCUGGACCUUAAAAUGUUUUCGCUUAUCAAA